CUUAAGCUUUGUGAUGAACCCCGACCCCGAACUUUGCCAUUGCCCAAACAUCAGCUCCCGGCGCGGCCACCAGUCGAUGCUUGCGUUAGUACGGGUACGAAAAUCCGUCCAUGCAUAUCCACAGACUCCCAUAUUCAGCCGCCGCAGUCAUCUUUGUCGUCAUCCGACACGCCAUCCCUUGCACGACACCCGAAGAAGGCCGAGCGAUCUCUGGGAGACCACGCAGGUAACGCGUUAGAUUCAGUAGCAUCGCCGGAUGGUCAAGAUGCCAUCAAUAGCCCAAGUGACGCGCCUGCCCUUCAAGUGGCCGCCUCAUCUCCCAGCACACCCAAUUCGGAGCAGAGCGCGGGGUUGUAUGAUGUACACAAUGACAUUCCAGUUGAUCCGGUAAUCCUCGCCGACGACGGGCUUUGGAUGAUUGAAGAAUUGCAGUCUACGUACCAAGACGACAGUUUUGUUGUUUCGGAGACGAAUUGUCCAUAUCCUGAUCCGCCCGCCGUUCUGUGCGACACAUUUGUUUAUCACCCGAACUCCAACCCACAGCCUACAAGGCUGGAUAGCAAUCCUCGAUCGGUUAGUCCACACGGCCAGGGCCAUAUGAAGAAUCUCGCGUCUUAUGACAACGCCGAAGCCGACAUUAUUUCGUGUGAUAACCCUGUGAGUGCCUCCACCUGCGGUCAACAGUCGAAACUACGUAAGCGAAGGCCACGAACAUUGGAUGGACAGCCGUCUAAGCGGUUUCGAGGUCCUAUGUCCGGCCCGAAGGAAGAUACGUCGUUUCUAGCACUCCGCGCUCAUUUUCUGUCUCUAUCAUUCGAUGAACGUCUGCAAUUUCUCUCUUGGCUAUUUGAAGGCGCACUGCCACGCUGCAUCCCCCAAUUGGAUUUGAAAACUUCGAAGGACAAAGAUGAGCGGCCACCAUGUGAUUUGGAUCAUCUAUCGAAAUUCCGUGGGCACCGUGGGACCUCGAGGAAAGGCAAGCCGUGGUCCUCUGAAGAGGUGAACCUCCUGCUAAAGCUAAGAAGGGAUGAAGGGCGACCCUGGUCAGAAGUGGCAAAUUUUUCUCGGACCGAUAUCCAGGCAGAAGCCCGGGCUCAAGUAUUCUCUAGAGUUCGGCUCUGAAAAACAGAGCACUUUAAAGGUCUCGGCCAGGUCGCGCACGGAAUUGAGUCGGGUGGACGGAUUCGCAUAAAACUCGACCGUUGUUCUAAACUUGGGGCGGCGUUCAGGCGACAUGGUGACCAGCGAGGACCGAAACAUAUAUCUUCUCUUAUAUAAGGACAAUGAUCGUAACUAAACACAUGUUCAAUCGUGCUUUCGCCCCUUUUGCCUAAGACAAAGAAGGCAUUACGCGAAUGCCCGUAUCAGGGGAAAGUACGGCUGACAGC